AUGGCGCAUUCAACCAAGAUUCACACCCGAGCUGGGUCACGGACAUCGCUCGUCUCUGUAGGGCAAAUGCCCGUCAUCAAAGAAGGCAGCAUCAUCGCCCCGGCGCCAGUAAUGCUCCGCAUACCUUCAAAGAAUCCUCGCCGGAGUCUAGGCCCACAACCUCAGGGGGUUAUAAUACCGUAUAUAACGGGAUUUCAGGAUCUUCCUCCAAUGGCCGUGACGGAGUGUAACAAGACUGAAGGCGAGGAUGGAGACGAAAAGACUGUCGUUGGGCAAAUGACACCUCCGCCUAUAGAAACAUCGAGAAAGAAGAGGCGAUGGAAUGGAGAGGAGUGGAUACCGAGCGAUUCACAGCGAAAAUGCCACUUGGUGAUUGUUUCAUCGGUGGUCUUGGUGAUUAUUGCUGGACUUGCGACUGGACUCACGCUGGGCCUGACGAAAACUACUUUGGAUGAAGAUCAGUCAUGGACAACCCCUAGAACGAUCGAGAUGCCUGUUCUCUAG